AGUCACCGGGUAAAAUUAGAUUUGCCUGUUGCUGCAGGAGGGGCAGAAAUCUGAGCUGAGGGAGCCUUUUCUCGGGGCAGAGCCAGUGAAGUCAGUGUCUGCCUCGUCCUACACAAAUGGGAGUUUAAAUCUUUCCACCCCCACAGAGCUCGGCCUCGCAUCUGGAAUCAGUUCAUCAGUGUGGUUUCUGAGUCGCUAAGAUGGUACGAGAACAGUACACCACAGUCACGGAGGGUACCCACAUCGAGCGGCCUGAGAACCAACAUGUCUACAAGAUCGGGAUUUAUGGCUGGAGGAAACGCUGCCUCUACCUCUUUGUUCUUCUCCUGCUCGCCACCCUGGUUGUGAAUCUCGCUCUCACAAUCUGGAUUCUGAAAGUGAUGUGGUUUUCUCCAAUAGGAAUGGGUCAUUUGCAUGUAACACAAGAUGGACUUCGCCUGGAAGGGGAAUCCGAGUUUUUAUUUCCACUGUAUGUCAAAGAAAUACGCUCCAGAGUGGACUCAUCUCUGCUUCUGCAGUCAACUCAGAAUGUGACAGUCAGUGCUCGAAACUCAGAAGGGGAUGUCACAGGCAGGGUGAAAGUGGGUGCCGAAAUGGUAGAAGUCCAGAACCAGCGCUUUCAGAUCAGCUCUGAGAACGGCAAGCUGCUGUUCACCGCCGAGGAGCAGGGUGUGGUGGUCGGCACGGGCAGACUGCGAGUCACGGGGCCGGAAGGAGCUCUUUUUGAACACUCAGUGGAGACACCCCUCGUCAGAGCUGACCCAUUUGAAGACCUUAGGUUAGAAUCCCCAACCCGGAGUCUAAGCAUGGACGCCCCGAGGGGGGUUCACAUUAAAGCUCCCACUGGGAAAAUGGAGGCCCUUUCUCAAAUGGACAUCGUCUUGCAGAGUAGUGAUGGACUGCUGGUGCUUGAUGCUGAAACUGUGGCUUUGCCCAAGCUGAAGCAGGGGACACCAGGUCCCUCUGGCAGCUCUACGGGGUCCUUUGAGAUUUGUGUGUGUCCUGAUGGGAAGCUGUACCUGUCUACGGCUGGGGAGGCCACCACCUGCGAGGAACAGAGCCACGUCUGUCUCUGACCGCUACCUCUUCUGCAGAGCAUGAAGUCAUCUUGAUGAGCCGAGAGCUGUGGCCUCAGCCUUCGUGUCCAGGGCAGCUGGAUGGGACCUGGAGGCUCAUUGUUAAAGCACUUAGAUGCAUGAAGGGGAUGGGGGUGUGUGCCGACAGAACUGUUGGGCCCAAACUGCCUGGUUUCAGAAUGGCACAAAGAAAUGUCAAGUACUUACUCACUGGAUUUUCAUCUUUCUAGCCUCCCUCCAUGUCUUCCAUGUUGAACUGCUGUCUGGAAGCAGCAGUUUAUAGUGCUCAGCUAUCUCUUCACAUACAUACAGCUGGCUGGUGGAUUCUAAAGUGCCCCAACUCUGCCCAGCCCUUCCUUAACCUUAAACCUCAAGUGCUCCCUUCAGCCAAGUAUAGUGUGGGAGGUUUUACCAAGAGAUCUCCAGGGUUUGAAGGGAAUUUGAGGUUGAUGGAUUUUCAAUAGAUAGUUAAGGAAAGACACCACACAAAAUUAGUCAUGCUUUUUAUAUACAUACCUGUGAGCAAUAAAAAUGACAUUUUUUUUUCAGACCA